UAGAUUUUAUGAUUUUAUCGCUAAAAUUAUUUUUUAUCCAAAACUCUUGGGAAAAUUAAUAUCCUGCGCUUUCAUAGUAUUUUGAUUGGUGAAAAAAAUUCGAAGGGCUGCCUUCCACGUUUCAUUGGUCGUGCUGCCAUUUUAAUCGAUUUUUCUUCGGAUUUACUAAUUUCUCCACAAUGAGCGCAACGUCACGGCCCGUACGCAUCAACGUACCACGACGCACCGUUGCCAAAAAUUCUAAUUCCAGCAAAUCGACAGCCAAGGAUGGUGCAGUACGCAAGAGUUCCAUGGAGGAGAACGUUCCCCCGACGAAACCCGGGUCUGUACGCUCGCGAUCCAUCAUGCCCUCCUCGUCAGCGGUUCCUAAGGUUCCUUUAAAAUCGUCCGCUCCCCGCCAAGUACAGACGGUGGCCAAGCCUUCAGCCGUGCCCAAACGGCCCGUAUCCAUCCAGAAACCGGCCGAUGAAAAGGACCGUCAUCCCAAAAUUCCCCUUAAACCGGAGACCCAGAAACCCGCGAUGAACGCUGUGGCUGCGGGUCCGUCCAUGCAGAAAGAACCACUGGCUCCGGAUAAUGCGCAGAUCGCCAGUAAACCACCUAAAAAGCUCACAGAUUGGCAGUUGACCGAUUUUGAUUUGGGCCGUGUUCUGGGCAAAGGAAAAUUCGGCAAAGUCUAUCUGGCUCGCGAGAAGAAGAGUCGGUUUGUGGUCGCUCUGAAGGUUAUGCACAAGAGCGAACUGAAAAGCAAUAAUGUGGAACAUCAGCUACGAAGGGAAAUUGAGAUCCAGACGCAUCUCCGACAUCCCCACAUUAUACGUAUGUACGGCGUUUUCCAUGAUACCUCGAAGAUCUAUUUAAUUCUGGAAUACGCUCCGAAUGGGGAACUGUAUAAACUUUUGGAGCACAAGGGCCGGUUUUCGGAUACGGAGGCCGCUACGUAUGUUUACGAGUUGACAACGGCGCUGAUGUACUGUCACGAGAGAAAGAUCAUUCAUCGGGAUAUCAAGCCGGAGAAUUUACUGCUGGGCAUUUAUGGCGAACUGAAAAUCGCCGACUUUGGCUGGUCGGUCCAUUCACCCAGUUCCAGGCGGGCCACCAUGUGCGGCACUCUUGACUAUCUGGCACCGGAAAUGGUGGAGGGGAAAUCGCACGACGAAAGCAUUGACAUCUGGUGUCUGGGCAUUCUGACCUACGAGCUCCUCACCGGCCGGGCACCCUUCCACGUCAAGGAUAACGAGGGUGGCCAGAUGGAAACCGCCAGGAGGAUCUCCCUCAUGGAUUACAAAUGUCCGGAUUUUAUGAACCCUGAUGCUGUUGAUCUCAUCCAAAAGUUACUUGUUUAUAUUGGAGCCCAUCGUCUACCGUUGGCACAAGUGCUGAAGCAUCCGUGGAUCGUUAACAACAAACAGGAACGCAGUCGCAUCCUGAAAAUUUAAGCUGACCGCUCAUCCUACACAACUGCUCAUCAGCAUAUACCGUAAUAACGGGCGGGACACAGGUGUACAGCGGCAUAUUUCUCUGUGUGUAGUGUAUGUAAAUCACUCGGGAUGGGCGUUGGGUGUUUCCCUUUUUAGUUUCCACUACGAUUUUCUCUUUGUGAUUUCUAAUAAUUAUUCGUUGGCGGGAUACACAUGUACACAGGUCUUUUUGUUGUUUUUAUUUGUCUGUAUUCUAUCUAUAUUUAAUGUAUAAAUGAACGCGACUAUUAACGUGCGAUGAUAAGCUGCUGUACAGUGUUUUCAUCGUCCGUGUGUCGAUGGAAAUAUUCGUUUUACUGACCCUGAAAUAUAAAUCGAUGGCAUUGUUAAA